CUCGUCACCUUAACUGCACUUCUCGCUUACCUGCGCUGCGAGUUUGCUCAGUACUGUCUGGGAGAUGAAGCAGCAAGAUUUACCCGCCGAGGUACAGGAUUUUCUAGUCUCUUGACAUAUCGCCACAACCACAGAGCACUUCUCAGCGCCUGGCUGCUCUUACGGAGUUUACCCUCGCUCCCUCACUAGUCCCGACAGUACGGAUCCAAUCGACUUUCGAAGCACUGAUUAAAAUGGAUAGCGCAUCUCCCAGGCGUCGGGCUUCAGCUGCUCGUCACCUUUCCUUAGAACCCUCACCCCCCGCUCAUCGUCGGCUAUCUCACGAAAGCAUAGACGCACUAGAAGCCUCUGGCCACCAAAAGAAGCGCCGUCGUACCAGUCAUUCUGGACGACAGGAGAAUGCGCCCCCGGAUGCAGUUGACCUAACGGCGGCAGAGGAUAUGGACCCUGUGUCAAGGACACAAGCCAAACAACGAGCAGAUGUUAUCCUCGCACAGCAGUCCCUAGAUCAUAACAAAGGCGAGUCUGUUCUACUUGCAUACAAGUGUCCCGUUUGCAUGGACACCCCGGUUGAUGCUACCAGUACUGCAUGUGGACAUCUUUUCUGUCACAAGUGUAUCAUGGAUACCUUGAAGUUCAGCGAGGCACAGCGGUCGGAUAUGUCUGGAAAAGGGCCCCGGGGCACUUGCCCUUCGUCUCAAGACAUAGCUGAUAUCGAGGCAAAUCCCCGGACCCCCAAUCCGCCCAUAUCUCCAACGUCUAAGGUGCCGCCUUCGCCUCCCCCUGAAACUUUCACCACGGCCGCCAGGCUCAACUCCCGUGAAACUGUCCGAAACCGACUUCGACGCUCCACCACCGCUCGCUCAUACUAUCGCGAAGAUGGCGCGCUCGAUCCGAACUGGCAGCCAGGGACGGAACCAGGCAUUGAUCCAAGCCAGCCGCUUCCUGCUUAUAGCACGGAAUGGAUGGCCUCAACGCCCGCAGAGCUACACGGGACAAGUGAAAUCACUGUUGUGGACUUUUCGCAACAUGAAAUGAGGCAAUAUGUUCUGGACAAUGAUACCCUUGAGCCGUUUCUUGCGCGGGAGAGAGAGCCUUGGGUGCAAUGCAGAUGGAUCAACGUCAACGGACUCAGUUGGGAUGCUAUAAGAAUCUUAGGUAACGAAAAAGGCCUGCACAGACUCGCGGUCGAGGACCUGAUCAAUGCAACAAAUCGCACCAAAGUUGACUGGUACUCCGAUCAUGCAUACAUUGUGCUAAAACUCCAGAAAUUGAUAAAACUCAAAGAAGAUGACAGUGAUUCUGAGGAUGAGGAAGAUGAAAAUACACACUGGACGAAUGAGCGCAAAAGUUCGGCAAGCAGCAUUUCCCUGAGAAGGCCUACUAAAAGAACACUUGUGUUGGAAGCAUUGAGAGACCUUUUCCGGCCGAAAACCCGCGAGGACAGCCCUGAUGAACAGUACCCUGGAAAGGAUGCUUCCUCAGGUAGGAGGAAGUCCACUUCCAAGGCAUCUAAUAUUGAUGAUGGUGCCAAUGUUAGGUUCACGCCUCGUAGCAUCCAACGUUACCGAGGUGGCCCGAACGAGGACCGGAUAGCCUUCAUGGAGCGCCAUGCUAUACUGGCGGCAAAGGGACUGUGUGUUACUCUGGAACAGGUCUCAAUUUUCUUACAUGCGGAUAAUACGGUGACUUCCUUUUUCGAAACGAGUGCCGAUGAUAUUGAGGGUCCAAUUGUCCGACGUCUCAGCACCCCGGAGACGAUGUUGCGCCAGUCUUGUGACGCUAGUAUGGUCGUGCAAGCCAUUCUGGAUGCUAUCAUAGACUUGGCCAUACCGGUGACCACAGCUUACCAAGAUGUGAUCGGUGAUCUUGAGCUCGAGGUACUGACAGAUCCAGACGUGGAUCAAUCCAAAAGCCUGUAUGUCCUCACUUCAGAAAUUGCAAUCCUCCGAAACUGCAUGCAACCAAUCGCGACUGUCAUCAAUGCCCUUCGUGACCACCGGUCCGACCCUGUGCAUACUCCUGGCCUGGGAGUUUUGAGGAAUGUCGGGACUGCGACUCCUACAAAUGAUUGGAGUCCAUACAUUGGAACGGCCACACCAAACCUGAAAAGCCUGAGCGGAUCGAGCGUUUCCAUCAGUCCAAUGUGUCAUACAUACUUGGGAGAUGCGCUAGACCAUUGUAUAACCAUAGUGGAAGGAUAUGAUCAAAUGAGAAGGGCUGCUGACAAUAUGAUCGACCUGAUCUUCAAUACGAUUGGCGCUUAUCAGAACGAGAGUAUGAAGCAACUCACCAUUGUGACAUGCUUCUAUCUUCCACUUACCUUCCUAACGGGCUACUUUGGCAUGAACUUUACCUCCUUCGCUGGCAUAGAACAUAGCGAUGCAUACUUUUGGAUGAUUGCCGUUCCAUUUGUGUUCGUCACAACCAUCUUCUUGAUGCGCGACAAGCUGCAGCGUUACUUGGUGUUGCUUGCCCAGAAACGGCUGAUCACCAGCUCUAGGAGGAGCAGACGGAGAAGGAGGGCCACUGAGAAGACAUAGGAUUUCUAUCCUCGGUUAACAAUCAGGCGUGUAGAUCAUCGGUAGAGAUAUUAGUAUACAGUCACAUAGAGAU